UUAUUGUGAAAGAUUAAUGAAACAUCCAGUAAUGUGUGAUAAUAAUAAUAAUACUGCAAUAGUUUGGCGUGAUUUAACCGCAUCGGUUAAUCAAUGGCGCGGAUCAUCAAAAGUGAUAUUAAGGCACAUAAGCGGUAGUUUUGAUUUUGGGACAAUCACUGGACUGAUGGGAGCGUCGGGUUCGGGAAAGACAACACUCAUUAAGUGUUUGAAUUCAAGUAAUAAAUAUGUAAUCAAUGAUAAAUAUCGACUUUACUGUAGUAAAAGUCAACCAAUAGUUAAGAGAUGCCUAACUCAAGUUGAUAGCGAUCGGCUUAUUGAUGUAUUAACAGUCGGAGAAGCGCUUAGUUAUUCAUCAAAGGUUAAUAAUAGUUGCCAUAAAAGUGUCAAACAUGACCAAAAUAUUACACAACUGAUGAAACAAUUGUUAAUUAAUAAUAUUAAAAACACGCCAAUCGGCAAAUGUAGUGGAGGUCAACGCAAACGUAUAGCCAUUGCAUUACAGUUGACAUCAAUUGAAAAACCAAACCUACUUUUUAUGGAUGAGCCCACAACUGGUCUCGACUCUACUGCAGCUCUUGAGUUAUUGAAAUGUUUGAAAAGUUUUGUCAAAACACAUAACAUUGCAGUCAUUAUAAGUAUUCAUCAGCCAAACAAUGAUUUGAUUCAAAUGUUUGACAAUAUUUAUGUGUUGGCCAAAGGAGGUGACAAUAUAUAUGAGGGAAGUCCUCAACAAAUGAAACACUUUAUGAUUGAUUGUCAGAUAUAUUUCAAUGAAAAUAAAGUUGUCAUUGAAGUGAUGCUUAAAAUCUCAUCUCAAGGCAUACAUUCACCAAAUGCUAUGAAGUUAUCGGAAAAAAUAAGACAAAUAAAUGCUAACAAAUGUGAUAAGUAUUUGAAACAUAUGAAACAAACACCAACUGGUAUUCAAUCGAUACAAAAAUCAUUUAGUUUUCUGGACUUUUGGCAUAUAUUUCAUCGAUCAUUAAAUAUAAUGUUUUUCAAACAACGAAUGAAACUUAUGAGACAAUUGUUGGUAUUAUUUUUGUUUAAUAUGUUGUUUGCGUUGCCAUUCAGUCGACGUAUUGGUCAAGUAAUCGGUUGUCUCGAGUCGAUCGGCAAUCAGACAUGUCUUGACUGGCAAACCGAUAAAAAAGUUUUGGCCCAAAGUGUCGACUAUUUGCACCCGUCGUUUAUCGGCUCAUUUUUAAGCCGAUUUGGCAAAGUUUAUAAAUCAAUUAGUAUUUUGAAUAAUAUUAGCGGUAGUAUUGAACGACAAUCGUUGAUGGCAUUGAUGGGACCGUCUGGUGCCGGGAAGACAACACUAUUAAAGUGUUUGAAUGCCAAAUAUUUGGAUCAAUUAAGUAACAACAGUGCUAUAUAUUCACGUUUUGCUUUAAAUAGCAAAAUAUCUUUUAUUAAACAAAAUAUUAGUGAACAUCUAUUGAGCGGACUGACCGUCAAACAGACACUACUGUAUGCAUCAAAAUUGAAAAAUUCACAAAUUGGCGGACAAUUAGAUCACCAAAAACUAGUAUCGGAUUUAAUGUCAGAAAUGCUUAUCAAUGAUAUAUUUGACAAUUAUGUCGAUAAGUGUAGUGGCGGUGAACGCAAACGUAUAGUAAUAGCCAGUGAAUUAAUUUCAUGUAAAAAACCUAAUCUCAUGUUCAUCGAUGAACCGACCUCUGGAUUGGACAGCAAUUCAGCCCUAAAAGUGAUUUUAUGUCUCAAAUCGUUAGUCCGUUGUCAUCAUAUGACUAUUAUAGCGAGCAUUCAUCAGCCAAACAACGAGUUAUAUAAUAUUUUUGACAACAUUUAUGUAUUGGCCAAAGGAGGACAAGCUAUCUAUGAGGGAAGUCCUCAACAAUUAAAACAAACGCUAAUUGAGACAAAUAUUAAUUGCGAUGACAAUGAAGUGCCGAUUGAAUUAUUGCUGAGAAUCGCAUCGGACGACACCGACAAUCAAUCAAUGGAUAAGUUAUGUUUGAAACAAAAAUUACAACAAAAAUCAUUAAACGAUCGGAUCAUUUCCGAAAAUAUGAAACCAUUUCAAACAAAUCAAUUGAAAUCAAAACGUUUUUAUAUUAAAGACGUUUUGAUUUUAUUGAAGCGCACGAUGUUAUACACAUAUAUAGCCAAUUGGCAGAUAUUCCUGAUUGAAGCCAUAUUUUAUCAAUUAUUUGGCGUUAGUUUAAUAGCUCUAUUCAAUUGGCAGAUGAUUGAACCGGACGGUUGUCUAGAAAUGGACAUCUCUAUGACUAACGGCUGUAACAAAACGCUCAGUGAGAUCAGGAACGAGGCAUUGAUUACUAGUAAUGUUAAAUACAAUAAUAUGAUUGGCUAUUCAUUCACAAUGAUUAUACUGGUGGUCACUUCGGCCUCGUUUUGCGCCGAUAUCACUGUCUUCAAUAGUGAACACUAUAACGGUUGGUAUAGUUCGGGUGCCUAUUUUUGGUCGAAAUCGAUAUGCGAUUCUCUACCUAUAAUGGUAUAUCUGUUACCGUUUUGCUGGCUAAUCAAUCUCUACGGUACAGCUUCAAUGUUUGCCGUCUAUUACCUGACGACCGUAUUUUCGGCACUAUCAGCCCAGAGUUGGGCUCAAAUAUCGGCAAUUAUUUUUCGUAAAGAUACUAAAGUUUCGCAAACUUUUGCCAUAACCGUGUUUUUCAUGGCGUGUCUACUAUGCAACACAAUAGUGCCGCUCCAGGAUCUACACUAUUCACUGCAAUUGUUGUCUAAUUUUGCAUAUUUGAAGUACUCAUACGAGUCGGUAAUACUGGCCAUCUACGGGUUCGGCCGGUGUUCAGACAAUGAUAUCAAUACUGUUUUUGCCAAAGUCUCUGAUAAUAAUAAAAGUUAA